AUGGGGAUGAUGGCUGUCCCAGCUUCGGGAGCAACAGGUGGUUUGGCUACACUGUGGAGAGUUGGCUUCCUGGAAGUGUUGAACUCUAUAAGUGAUCCCAGGUUCUUAAUUUUGUUUGUAAAAUUGACUGGGAUAGAUGUUCUAAUUAUGCUAGUCAAUGUAUGCGGUCCACACUUAGGGGAAGAAAAGAUGAUUAUGUAUGACGAAUUGCUAGGCAUAAUGAGGCGCCAUGAGGGGGGAAUAGUAUUGGGAGGUGAUUUUAAUACGGUUCUAAAUGAUGGUGAAAGGAAGAAUGCUAAUGGUGUAGGGGAGGGAGAUCGUGCCUUCAAGGAUUUUGUGUAUGAUGCUUGCGUGAUGGACUUUCCAUUGCAGAAUGCAAAAUUUACAUGGUUCUCAUCUCGGAAUAGUGGAUUGUGGAGCAGAUUAGACCGCUGGCUUGUCACAGAGGAUUUUCUAAUGCUUGCUUCUAAUGUGUCACAAUCUGUUUUGGAGUGGAGUUGUUCAGAUCAUCGUGCAGUUGCUAUUUCCUUUGGAAACCGAGAUUAUGGCCCAAAACCUUUCUACUUUUUCAACCAUUGGGUACUUGAGGAUGGGUUUAAAGAGAUGGUGGCGGAUUGGUGGGAUUCUUCUUUGAUAGAAGGAUGGUCAGGUUAUGUUUUGAUGUCCAAAUUAAAGGGUUUCAGGGGCCAGAUUUGUGAGUGGCGGCGGAAAAAAGGACCUUGGGGCGUGGUGAAAAUAAAGGUGCUAGAAGAGUCUCUUAAUGAUGUUAUAAGGAGAAUGGAAUGUGAGGGGGUUUCGGAGGAGUUAAGAUACGAGAGGCUCAGAAUUCUUGAUGAUUUAUGGGGGGAAUAUAGGGCAGAAGAGAGAUCUUGGCUUGCAAAGUCAAGGGUGCGGUGGCUAAAGGAGGGUGAUCGAAAUUCCAGGUUUUUUCAUAAGGUGAGCAAGGCAAAAGUGGCAAAGAAGCACAUCAGCCAGCUUGAAUAUGAAGGACAGGUUCUAGAGGACCCAACAGAGAUAAAGAAUGCAGUGAAGCAACAUUUUCAAAGCUUUUUCAAACAAGAUACUUGUGUCAGACCGGUGCUGCAUAACAGAGGGAUAAAAAAGGUGUCUGCAGCAAUGUAA